AUGAUCACCACCUCCUUCACCAACCUCCUCUCACAAUUCUCCUCAUUCCCCACAUCUCCAACCCUACCACCCCUCUCCACCAUCCUCUUCAUCUACACCCCCCUCAUCUACCUAACUCUCAGCUUCAUCCAGCUUCUCCUCCUCAACAUCCAAAACCUCCAAAACCCCCAUCUCCCUCCCGGUCCCUGGUACACACGCUUCACAAACCUGAUACUGCGGUACCACGAAUGGAACGGCAAUCGACGUAUAUACAUCGAAGAAUUGCAUAAAAGAUUCGGAGAAAGUAUUAGGAUUGGUGUGAGGGAGUUUGCGUUUUGUGGUAUGGAGGGGGUGAGGGGUGUUUAUGGGGGUGCGGGUGGUGCGGAGAGAGGAUUGGAUAAGACGGGGUUUUAUGCGUUGUUUAGGCAGAUGGGUGUUAGGACUACUUUUUCCACGGAGAGGAGGUUGGAGGUAUGUAUUUUUUUUUUCUUUUGAGUUUUGGUUUUUGGGAAGGGGGAAGUUUUUGGAGGGAGGGGUGAGGUGGGGAUGUUUUCGGAGAGGAAGUGAGAGGUGUGAGGAGAAAAGAGAGAGUGGUGUGAAAAAUGACUGUAGUAUUGCUUUAAUGAGUGUUGGAAGAGAGAGGAUACUAGGAAAUUGUUAAUACUAAUAUCUAUAACGCAACAUUUAGCACAAAGAAAAGAAGAGAAAUACCGCAAAACCAUAUCGAAACACCGAGAUUCUCAAACCUAUUAUUAUGGAUGCGAUUGAGGAAAGGAGUCGAGCAUUUGUUCGAAAGAUUGAGGAAGCGGAAAAUGGAACUAUUGAUGUUUAUGUAAGUUUUGCUUUUCCAUCCAUAUAAAUCUACAGGAUGGCAUAGCGUAUAUGUAGGAUCUAUGAUACUUUGAUAGGAACAAUAAUAGCUAAAGAGAAUAACAGAGAUAUGUACAUUGCUAUACAUUAGACUGUGUCAGCCACGUUCUACUCGGAAAAGAAGGAACAAAAUCUAUCGAAGAGAAAGCCGGUAUGGAAAUGAUGAACGAGAUGACCUACUACUCUACUUUCAAAAGUAAGUCUCCUCACUUCUCCACCCACCCUGCUAUAUCCUCCACAAUUCUAAUAUCACUCCCCUCCCAGCUCAACUCAUAACCUUCUACCUGCAACCCCUCUCCACCUUCCUGCUAUCACUACUUCCUCAAAAAUCUACUCUUUUAACCAAUACCCACGUCUUUUCCACCUGUCUGCAACCAAGCCAAGAACCUUACACACUUCUACACACUCUGCAGCAUGCAACUCCGCCUUUAACAGAAAUCGAAAUCGGAGCUGAGAUUAUGGAUCAUUUGGCUGCGGGUAUAGAUACCACGGGUAUAGCGCUUACAUAUCUUUUGUAUACACUUUCGCGUCCCAGUAAUUAUGGUAUCCAGGAGACUCUUCAUCGGUCUCUUGUUUCUCCACUAGGCAACUCAGAGAGAGGAAUAGAUACAAAUCCAAAUACGAACACAGAAACAGAUACAAAUCCCAAUCCCAAUCCCAAUCAAGAAACCAAAAUAACAUACACCAACGCCAUCAUCAACGAAACACUACGCCUCUACACACCAAUCCCCAACUCCCAACCACGAUUCGUCCCAAAACACGAACCCAAAACCAUAGAUAAAUACCUCAUUCCCGGGAACUCAACCAUCAGCGUACAAGCCUGGAGUAUCCACCGCAAUGCGCAAAUAUUCGGAGACGAAGUGGAGGAAUUCCGUCCGGAGAGGUGGCUUGUAGGUGCUGAUGAGAUAAGGGAGAUGGAAAGGGGAUAUUUGGCUUUUGGGAAGGGGGGGAGAGCUUGUAUUGGGAAGAAGUAUGUUUAUUUUAUUUCCUCUGUUCCGUUCUUCUUCUCGCUUUUCCAUUGUAUUUUUUCUUUCGCUACUUUUCUAUAUUUUACUUGUAGAAGAAGUUGGGAAAUAUGUGUUUUCCUGUGGAUUUUGAAAUCAUGAGACUAAUCGAUAUACGCGAUUCGCAGUCUAGCGCUAGCAGAAAUGCGUCAUCUUGUCCAGGAAAUCUACACGAAAUAUAGAACGAGGAUAAAAGAGGGAUGGGAAGGUGAUAUGGAGAUGGAGGAUCAGCUUGCGGCUAGUAGACCCAGGGGUCAGGAAUGUAUGUUGGUUUUUGAGAAGAGGUGA